AUGGCAAACAAAGUGCUAAUACGAUAUGCCAUUAAUUACAACUUGAAUAAUUUAAAUCAUAGUUUAUUAAAAGAUAUUUUCUAUGUAACGAACAGAAAGUAUGCAUCAACGCUAUAUGUUUCUGGUAGAAACGCUAAUAAAUCUUUUGCGUUUCUUUCACCCUAUUUGGACUUUGAUGAACGUUUUGACGAUAUCGAUAAAUUGCAGAGAGAAUUAAAGUUACGUAAACUUAAUAUGGAUGCAAUAGAAAUGAAAAAAGCAUGGGAUUUUUAUAAAACUAUCGAAGCAAACAAUGUAGCUCUAGAAAUUAGAAAGAAAGAAGUUUCGUCAGAAAUAAUAUCAUUACAAGAAAAGAAAGAAAAAACUUCUGAAGAUGAGCAACAAUUAGCAAACUUAUUUUUGCAAGCUAAAAUAAUUAAGCAAGAUAUAAAAACUGCUAAAGAAUUACAAUGGGAUCUAGAUGAAAGUAUUAUAGAAAAAUUGUUAAAAUUACCAAAUAAAUUACAUGAAAAAACACCCCCAGAAACAUCUGUAAUAUUACAAAACGUUGGAAAGUUAUGUAUUUUACCAGAAAAUAAUAGAAAAAGUCAUAUCGAAAUAGGAAAAUUACUUAAUCUACUUGAAUAUAAAGAUCCAAUGACUUAUUAUUUAUUAAAUGAUGCAACUUUAUUUGAAUAUGGAUUAUUAAAUUUAGCUGGAAAAAUACUUAAUGAUAAUAAUUUAAUCAGGAUUACAGGAUCAGAUUUUUGUCGUAGUAUAUUAGUUGAAGGUUCCGGUUUAAAUCACGAGGAUCCUAUAGAGACUUUUAUGUUAGAAAAUAAUAAUGAAUCCACUAGAGAUUCAUUAAAUCACAUGCAUUUAGUUGGUGGGGCAAGUUUAGCAUCUAUGCUAGGGAUCCAUGCAAAACAGUUAAUAAUGCCACAAUAUUUUCCAAUAAAAUAUUAUUCAGUUGGUAGACAAUAUACACCGAUUCCUAAAGAAACCACAUUAUCUGGUUUAUUUACUGUUUCUCAAGCAUCAGCUAUACAUAUCUUUUUAAUGAUAAACAGUACAGAAUGUACAGGAUGCACAACUGAAUUAGAAAAGAUGUUGGAAAUUAUUUGUGAAUUUUACAAUAAUAUUACGGAUCAUUAUAGGGUCGUUAUGCGAUCAGCACCAGAAUUACAAACAUGUGAACAAAUGAGAAUAUCUUUUGAAUUGUGGUCAUCUUUCUCUGAACAAUAUAUCGAAGUUGGUCAUAUUUCAUUAUAUGGCAAAUAUUUUAGUAAGAGAUUAUUAAUAGGAUACGAAACACCGGAAGGUAAAGAGUUUCCUUCGAUCAUAUCUGGUACAAUGCUCUCUGUACCUCGAAUAUUAGGAUGUUUGCUUGAAGAAAAUCCAGAUAAAUUUGUAAUACCUUCAAAGAUAGUUGAACAAAUGCCUAAUUAUCAUACGAUAGGCACAGAAUUAAAUUAAAAAGAAAUUUCAAUAAUUAAGAUAUUAGUAUCUAGAAAGUGUCUAGAAAAUAUUCAGAAUAUUUCAAUAUACAGAAAGUAUGAUAUUCUAAUGUAAUAAAAUGUAAAAGAAAAAUAAAAUUUAUUAAGGUAUUAACGUAAGGCUGUUCACUAUCGCCAUCCAUUCGAAACGUAUGUGAUUUCAGCGACAGAUGUGGACAAAAUAUGAACUACAAGCGUAAGUGGGGGAAUAUUAAUCCCACCACGCGUUUAUUGUAUCAGUGUUAAGUUUGUAGUAUGUUAAGUAUGUUAUACCCUUCUCACUCAAAACAAUCGAGUUGGAACAAGUAGUGUUAGUAGGCUGUGAACUCACGCUUUUCACUCUCUUAUUUAUCUUUUUUUGAUUGUACAUUUGUCUUGCAGUGAUACGUGCUAGAUACGAAGUCGGUACAGAUUUGUUUCACGACAAAUGCAUAGAAAAUAAUAAAUAUAAUUGAUACAUAUAAUAAUUAUACAUAAUAAAUAUAUAAUAAAUUUGAUAAAAAUUAGAUUUUGUUAAAUGUUUUGCCAAAAAUAAUUAAUGAAUACUUAUAUAUUAAAUAUAUUCAUUAAUUAUUAUUUUUGAUAAAAUCUUAUUUUUAAUUGCAAAUUUAUACACAUAUUUUAUCUAGUAUAGUAUAGAUCACCGCGAAAGGCAUGUAAAGUUAUUCUAGUAAUACUUUACUAAUCGUCAAGGAAGAACUUUUAAAAAAUUUCGGAUUCGAAUGUAAAAAAUAUAUAAAAACAUUAUUUACUUCUUACAUUAAUAUUACUUAUAUCACAUUUCUAAUCACUUGUAGCGUAAAAUAUACUUUUAUUAUUAUAUACGUUUUACUGCUAUAUUUCAAGGAUUUUGAAAAAUAAAGAUUAAUUUUUUUCAGCUGUAAAUACUGUUUCUAUUAUUCUGUAUCUAGACUACCAUUGAUAAACUUUUCAAAAUUUUUAAUAUCAAACAUUUUAAUAUCUUUUCCAUGUGAACACUGUGAAAUGCGUUUUUUUUUCGUUUGGAAUAAAUGAAAAAAUCCGAGCAUUAAUUUACGCGCACACAAAGAAGCAUUUGCUAUUUUAUGGAACACAUACACACCAUUGAAACAUGAUUUGAAAAUCACUAGUGGGGAUGCUGCUAGCUUCUUCUCUUUUGUCGCACAUUUCUAGGGGCGCCACUAUAUUAAACUUUGUUCUUACGAAAAAUAUCGAAAAUAGUGGUUUAUACCAACAAUGAGUUCAGAUGUAAUGUUUAAUCGAUUUUUAUAAAUAAGAUCUUAUUUUAAAGAUGAAAGAUUUAAGCGUGCACGGCUUUCUCGAAUUUUUGAAAUAGCUUUAUUUUUAUGCAUAAACUAUUCUCGAAGAAACAUUAUUUUUUGACACGAGUUUUUUAAAAGAAAAUAAAGCUUAUACGAAAAUGUUGAAAUUAAUCAAAAAUUUGAAAAAACCAUGUCCUCGUUUAAAUCUUCAUCUUUAAAAAUAAAACCUUGUCCAUCAAAAUCUGUGAAAAAUUACAACUGGAUUCGUUGUUGGCGUAAAUCAUUAUGUAAUGAUUUUAUGUCUGUGUGUGUUAAUCUAUAAUUGUGUGUAUAAUCAUAAUUUUUAUAUAUCAUAAGUAUGAUCUAUAAUAUUACAAUACGAUGAGAAAAAAAGGUUAUUUUAUAUCGAAAUAAAAUAAAUAUUUCAUUUGCAACAUUGAACAAAAUCAAAGUUUGCAUAAGGAGAAUCUAAUUUCAUUUAAAUGAUGGGCCAAUUAGAAAACUUGAAAGUGCCGCCUCAUUUCAUACGUCCUCUUCUAGAGGAUAUCUUUGUGUGUGAGGAAUAUGUGAUAGAAAAUAUCUCGAACGAGAAGAAUCCUUGAUAUUGGAGGGCUUUCCAGGAGGGCUCUUAUUAUCUAACAAACGCUUACCGUUUAAUAAGAACGUAUAAGGACUAUAUAUCUAGCAGAAUAUAUGAUGAAAAUAUAAAACCUAAUGGUACCGUCAAAGAAAGUCUUCGUGGAACUGGAUGACAAAGAGAAAAAAAAGAAAAAAAAAGAAAGAAAGAAAAAACCAAGAGAAAAAAAGAAACGGCCUGGUGUAUAUCUAGGUCGACUAAAAACGAUACGUAAGAUGGAAGCGCGAGGAAAGCGUAGUGAAACUUUGGUCAAGAGAAGCACGAGACACGGCACGUAGCAUCGUCGAGCCGCACUUGGGUCCGACCGCACCUGUGGGCCCACUGGCCGCCCACCUUUCCGCUUACCCCCACUUACCACGGUCACCAAACACCUACCGACUAUAAAGGGGACUUUUUAUCUUGCUCUCUUCCAUGACUUAUUUAUCUUCUAUUUUUCGUUCUACAGGAAACGGAGAAAAUAUAUCUUGGUUCGUUGGAAUCCAACUCUUUUGCUUGUGAAAACCGUUUGACUAUUUUGUAAUCGUCAAACUAUUUCAACGUUUUCCACUUAUUUUUUUUUUUUUUUAAGUUUCUUUAUCGCUCUAACUACUUCUAAUCACUUGGUCGUAAUGCAUAAACAGCGAACGCGUAAGUGUCUAAAAACGGACGAUGAAAUUACAAUAUUAAAUAUUUUUCAUGUUUUUUUUGAAGACUGUAUAUAUAUGUAUUUUUUUUUUUUUCUAGUAGGAACAAUUCCAAAUUCAAACAGCAAUGAUUUUCUUUUCUUUUUUCUUUCCUUCUUUCUUUAUAUUCGUUCGUAUAAAAGAUAAUAUCUUUUUUCGUUUUUACGUAUGAAAAUUCAUCAUUAUUUCUACGAAAACGCGAAUGGUGUGUGAAUUGUUAAAAGAAGCAGAUGUGUAAACGAGAUUUAUUCGACAUUGGACUCGUAUAGUUCCUUAUUUGUACAUACACAAGUAUCACUAUAUGAGUCAUAUAGGCACGAGUAUACGUGAAGAUUCCCCGUAUGGAUCUGGCAAAGAUUUGUAUAAAGAUAACGUAUCCAUACGUGAAUUAUUUUAUAAGUAUUUACACGCAAAGGAAUAUUAAAUAUAUUCAUAUAGAUAAGUAAAUAUGAACGAUGGGAACAUAUAUAAUUCAUCCAUAUACGUCUAUCUUCAAAUAUAUUAUUAUCGAAAUGGAAUAAAAUGCAUGGACAAAGAAAUCUCCACAUAUUUUUGUAUAUAUUAUAUUUAUAAUUUUAAUAACAACGGCUAUGAUUUCUCUGUUUGUCAAUUUAAUAAUGAUUAUUUCAUUAUGGAUUUAACAUUUUUUAUAAGCUAUGAAUAUUUUAUCGCAUAUGAUCUAUACAUAUACUUAUAAUGUGUAUUUAUGCUCGCGAUGAGCAGAUUUCUUAGAACGAACUGAGAGAAAGUUAUUGUAAAUAAUAAAAACUUGGCAGUAAGUAAUUGCAAUAAUCACGAGUAUUGCAGUAUAUAAAGGAAAAUUAGAAUAUUAAUUAUCGUGAAUAUAUAUAAUUAAUUGAUAAUAGUUUAUGAAUAAUGCAUAUAACGUACGUAACUUAUUGUUAGUUUAAAUUGCAAAGUUAUUCGUUAUAUAAAUUGAAUGUAAUUAUGAACACACAAAUGAGUUAUUUUUUUUUACAUCUUUUAUAUUAUUGCCAAUUGUGGAUAUAUGUGUAUAUACCAUAUAUGGAAAUAUAUUUGUAUAUUAAACUUUCUUUUCGUUUCGGUAUAUAUAGUACACGUUCUUGUUGCUUAACUUAAUAAGUUCUAAAAAUAUCUCAUAAAAAGUAUAAAUUAAGCGCAUAAUUAAAUUUCUGACAAAUCUACAAAAAAGUAUAAGACUGUUUUCCUUGUUUCUUUUUUUUUUUUUUUUUUGUAAUAUACAGUAGCGCAGAA